AUGUCAAAUGCUUCUCAGUCUCAGACCACCACCACUAUUGGACGGGGGUUAUUAGAAAGAGCAAUAUUUUCCACUCUGACUACCGUACCAUGCUGUGUGUUCCUCUUAAUUAAUGUGAUCAUGCUUUUCACCUUGAGGAGUAAAUCUGUGUUUUGUGAAACUUCUCGUUACAUUCUUCUGUAUAACCUCCUUUUUGCAGACACUGUACUGCUGGCACUGAGCCAGUUAUUGUACAUAAUUGCUGCUUUUAGAGUAAGGCUGACAUAUCCCAUAUGUGGUUUUCUUGUCAUGCUCACCAAUGUUAUAACUGAAAUCUCUCCCCUCACGCUGGUAGUGAUGUCUCUGGAGAGGUAUGUAGCCGUGUGCUACCCACUGAGGCACGCUACCAUCAUCACCACCAGAAACACAGAGGUGGCGAUCGGUGUAGUUUGGACAUUCUGUUCUCUAAAUGUUUUCAUCCAAGUUCUUUUGCUGUUAGAAUUUCCAUUUGACGACCUGGAGAGUGAACAAAUGAAAGGUUUUUGUGCUAAAGAAAACAUGCUGCUUGGUCCAAUGUCUGAUCAUUAUAACAAAGCCUACACUUAUUUUGUGUUUAUAUCAGCUAGUGUAGCAAUCAUUUCCUCUUAUAUUGGUGUGAUGAUAGCAGCCAGGUCAGCCUCCACAGACAAAGCUUCAGCUGGUAAAGCUCGUAAUACAUUGCUGCUGCAUCUGGUGCAGCUGGGCCUCAGUCUCUCCUCAACUAUACACAACCCAUUUCUCAUAGUUAUCUCAAAGGUCUUAGACUUGACAGUAUUCAUACGAAUUCAAAUUGUUGUUUAUGUGUGUAUUGUCAUCUUUCCCAGAUGUCUAAGUGCUCUCAUCUAUGGUAUCAGAGACCAAACCAUCAGACCCAUCCUUGUAUACCAUUUAUGCUGUAGACUGAAACUGAGAGCCAAGGCUGAGGUCUCACCUUAA